AUGGCUAAAGGUGAAAGGUCCCUCUCAUUUCCAUGCAUAUAUAAACAACUGCUCCCUCUCCUGUCUCUAACAGUAACCACUCCAUCCUCAGAGUCCAACACCUACCCUCCGGCAACCACUACCACCUCCACCAGCAAAAACAUGGCCAAAGAGUGCAGCCACCACAAGGACAAGCGGCGGAAGCUUAUCCGGCGUUGUUUCGCCGGACUUCUAAUUUUCAGCUUCAUCGUCUUAGUCACCAUUCUCAUCAUCUGGGCCAUUCUACAACCAAAUAAACCCAGCUUUCUACUCCAAGACGCCACCAUCUUCGCCUUCAACGUCUCAUCACCCAGCUUCGUCUCCUCCAGCAUUCAAGUCACCAUCAUUUCUCGAAACCCCAAUGAUAAAAUCUCAAUUUUCUACGACAAACUCGACGUCUAUGCCAUAUAUCAAAGCCAACAGAUCACAUAUUACACUUCCAUACCUCCUACUUAUCAAGACGUCGGGCAGUCUAACGUGUGGUCGCCAUUUAUUUACGGCACCAUGGUGCCGAUAGCUCCGUUCAACGGUCCGGCGUUGAGCCAAGACCAAGCUAAUGGGGCAAUCUGGCUGUUGAUCAAGAUUGAUGGACGGGUCAGAUGGAAAGUUGGGACCUUAACAACUGGGGAUUACGGUUUGCAUGUCAAGUGUCCGGCGUACAUACCUUUCGGAAAUGGUAACGGCGGCAUCGUUGUCGGUAACGGCGUUAAGUAUCAGCUGGCACAGACUUGCAGUGUUAGUGUGUGA